AUGGACGCCAAAAAUCCCGCCAAACUCACCAAACCGUCCUGGUUGCCAACUCGACGCUCAAAACUUUUAUGGAUUAUUGUCGGUUCCAUUGUCGUUCUCGCAAUCGCAUUAGGAGUCGGAUUAGGCGUCGGCCUCAAAGGGCAUCAUAAUCACAAUCCGCCGAGAAACGCGACGGCAUUUUGCUCUAAUGCCGCUGGAUCAUACAAAGUCGAUAACAUUACCGCUCCUCUCAGACUCAAUGCUGCUAACAAUUCAACGGCUAACGCCGGGUCAUCGUCAACUACAUAUACAAAUAAAACAAUGUGGCAUCUGAGUGUCGACGACACAGCAUCCGGCUACAAACAAAUUAUCGCCGGGUUCGGCGCUACGGUCACAGAUGCAACGGUCUCUUCGCUCAGCUCACAAACUAACGAAACGCAAAAAGCAAUUCUGCAGAAAUUGGUGACUGGCGAUGGCGCGAAUUUUUCAUUGAUGAGACAUACUAUCGGAUCAAGUGAUUUAUCGUCUAACGCAUAUACAUACGACGACAAUAAUGGAACGGUGGAUGAUGAUUUAUCGAGCUUCUCGCUGGGGGAGCAGGGAACGGCAAUGGCGCAAUUAUUGGCGCGAAUGAAACAAUUGAAUAGCGAUAUAACAAUCCUCGGGUCGCCGUGGAGUCCACCCGGAUGGAUGAAACUCAAUGGCCAACUGGUUGGAAAUACCACCAACAAUAAUCUCAAUGAUGGAUACAGCACCAGCCACGGCCUCGGGAGUACCGGCCACACCCACGCGUUUGCGCAGUACUUUGUCAAGUAUAUUCAGGCAUAUGCCGAUUUGGGCGUGAAUAUUGAUGCUAUCACCAUCCAGAAUGAGCCGUUGAAUAGUCAGGCGGGUUAUCCGACUAUGUAUGUUGCGGCUAAUGAGUCGGCAAAGUUGAUUAAUGGGUAUGUUGGGCCAGCGUUGCAAAAGGCGAAUUUGCGUACGACCGUGUGGGCUCUUGAUGAUAAUACAGAUGACGCCGAUUAUGCCUACACCGUCAUGGACUAUGCAGAAGAUUACAUCGACGCAGUAGCCUGGCACUGCUACGCAUCGACUCUAAACUGGACCGUCCUGACGGAAUUCCACAACGAAUACCCCAAUAUCAGCCAAUAUAUGACUGAAUGUUGGACACCGACCAAUCUCAGCUGGACGCACGUCGUCAACUUUACCAUGGGCCCUCUGCAGAAUUGGGCAAAUGGCGUUACGGCCUGGACGUUAGGGACGAACGACAAUGCCGGUCCUCAUCUCGAGUCGGGCGGUUGCUCGUCGUGCGAUGGGAUAGUGAGCGUAAAUACUACCGUCAGCGCAGAUCGCAGCAGCAACAGCAACGAUGGUACAGACUAUACAUUCAACCUCUCGUACUAUAUCAUGUCACAAUUCAGCAAAUUCAUCCCUCCCGGCGCACGCAUCCUACAAACCGACGGGAGCGCAGUUGACGGCAACGGCGACGGAAUCCAGGCGAUCGCAAGUCUGAAUCCGGAUGGAUCGAGGACGGUAGUGAUUGAGAAUACGUUUGAGAAUGAUGUUAAUGUUACGGUUUAUUUGGAGAGUGGCGGUGCUUGGGCAGGGAAUGUGCCGAAUUCGAGCGUGACAACGUGGGUGUUGCCUUGA